CGCCUGUCCCCGGGACUAUCCUCUUCCGCCUCUUUUCUAUGCCGCAUAGCCUGUCUAGAAAGGCCGGUCCAAGGGCUGAGGACUCUGACGCUGACCUGAGAGGGAGGGCUCGGUGUGGAAGAGAGUGAUAAAAGGACCAUGCAAAUCAGAGUGGAAAAGACCCAGGAGACAGAAAACCUGGAUUAGGCACUUUGUUAGCUGUUUCUUGACUCCUAUUCUUCACUGCAACCCUGUGAGAUGAAUCGGACGAAGGGUGAUGAGGAGGAGUAUUGGAAUAGCUCUAAGUUUAAGGCUUUCACCUUUGAUGAUGAAGAUGAUGAGCUUUCACAGUUAAAGGAAUCCAAGCGGGCAGUGAAUAGCCUUCGAGACUUCGUGGAUGAUGAUGAUGACGAUGACCUGGAGAGAGUCAGCUGGAGCGGGGAACCUGUGGGAAGUAUCUCAUGGUCCAUCAAAGAGACUGCUAGUAAUAGUGGGUCAAACCAUGAGCGUGAACAGCUAAAGAACCGAAACAGCUUCUCCUCCUAUGCACAACUACCCAAACCUGCUUCUACCUACUCCCUGAGCAGCUUUUUUAGAGGGAGAACUAGACCUGGAAGUUUCCAGUCCCUCUCUGAUGCUCUGUCGGACACACCUGCCAAGAGCUAUGCUCCAGAGCUAGGGAGACCCAAGGGGGAGUAUAGGGAUUACAGCAAUGAUUGGAGCCCCAGUGACACAGUGCGACGCCUUCGGAAGGGCAAGGUCUGCUCCCUGGAAAGAUUCCGCUCCUUACAGGACAAGCUACAACUCCUAGAAGAAGCAGUAAGCAUGCAUGAUGGAAAUGUCAUUACUGCGGUUCUGAUCUUCCUGAAGAGGACAUUGAGCAAAGAGAUCCUCUUCCGAGAGCUGGAGGUGCGGCAGGUUGCCCUGAGACAUCUCAUUCACUUCCUUAAGGAGAUAGGGGAUCAAAAACUGCUUUGGGACCUCUUUAGGUUCCUAGAUAGAACAGAAGAGCUUGCGCUAACCCAUUAUCGAGAACAUUUGAACAUUCAGGACCCCGAGAAACGAAAAGAAUUUCUUAAGACCUGCAUUGGUUUGCCAUUUUCAGCAGAAGAUUCUGCACACAUACAAGACCAUUACACGCUCCUGGAACGUCAGAUCAUUAUCGAGGCAAAUGAUCGACACCUAGAAUCAGCAGGACAGACUGAAAUCUUCCGGAAGCACCCCCGCAAAGCUUCUAUCCUCAACAUGCCGUUAGUGACGACGCUUUUCUACUCCUGCUUCUACCACUACACAGAGGCUGAGGGCACAUUCAGCAGUCCGGUCAACCUGAAGAAGACAUUUAAGAUCCCAGAAAAACAGUAUGUGCUGACAGCCCUGGCUGCUCGCGCCAAGCUUCGGGCCUGGCAUGAUGUCGAUGCCCUCUUUACCACAAAGAACUGGCUGGGCUAUACCAAGAAGAGAGCACCCAUUGGCUUCCAUCGGGUUGUGGAAAUUUUGCACAAGAACAGUGCCCCUGUCCAGAUAUUACAGGAGUAUGUCAAUCUGGUGGAAGAUGUGGACACAAAGUUGAACUUAGCCACCAAGUUCAAGUGUCAUGAUGUCGUCAUUGAUACUUGCCGGGACCUGAAGGAUCGUCAGCAGUUGCUGGCGUACAGGAGCAAGGUGGAUAAAGGAUCUGCCGAGGAGGAGAAGAUUGAUGCCAUUCUCAACAGCUCGCAAAUUCGAUGGAAGAAUUAAGUGGCAUCAGCUCCCUUGAAACCUGCCUCAUUUCUUCCUUUCCUGCCUGUGAAAGUAGAGAGCACUCUUCUUGGGAGAGUUAAGCAUCACAUCACUUGGGCCCAUCGUCAACAGGCAGUGCCUGCUACCCGCGGGACAGAGGCUAGCACCUGGGCACCGACAGCUUCAGACCGAUCUUUUGUCCAGGGGACAUCAUCUGAGGGGCAAGAUCUGAAGCUUUGCCUCAUGAGAGACUCUCUCCACCUGGUGCUCGUGUGAAGGUGGGAAUAAUUUCUAGAUUGGGCCCAUAUUGGGCAAGAUCUCUCUUGGUCUGCGGAAAGUGACUGCUCCAGAAAGGAAGUCUCCUCGACUGAGAGGUACAGGUAUCAUAGGGUGGCCACUCCAUUCCCCUCAGCUAAUUAUGCCCUGGAUUUGGUGCUGGACAUUGGCAGUUUUGCUGUGAAGGAAGUCAGGACAGAACCGGAAUGGCUGUCUCCCAGGGGGCCUCAGGAAGGGCUGCCAGUGUUUCCAGGACCUGUUGGAGGCGCCCUCACACUGUACAGAGUCCUCCGCCUCAUGACAGAGAUUGCCAGCGUCCCUCUGCUGCCAUGGUCUUCCCUUUGUACAGAAACUGUGGUUCCUCUCUCACUUGCACCCCGAGGUGGCCUCGUGUGAGAGAUGAGAGCAUCCCCCUUACCUUUCCCUCCCACCCAGACCCCUAACCUUAUAUGGAGCUCAGAUUCACCAUUGCUGGAGCAAGCUCUCCUUUUCUGCACAAACCUCAUUAUUUCACUAGGACCUUCCACCAGUUUCACCGGGGCUAAACUCAGCAGCUUUUCUGUUAGGCUAUUAAGAUGGAGGUUUUAGUUUCAUGGUUGGUUUUCAAGAGGAUAUUCUGUAAUGCCAGUUUCCUGCACCAAUAUUAGUCUUUCUUCUCUGUGACUGAACUGGGUUUCCCAGACAUGCCUAGACUCCUAAUAAAGCUGCUUCUU